AUGUCCCCGGAGGUGAGUUGUGGUGGCGAGUUGGAAAAAGUCAUCGCACCGAAGGGCACAAUCCAAGCCGCGCACGAUACGGAAAGUUUGUAUCAUGUCUCCGCGCAACUGCCUAUAACUCAGAGGAUAGAGAUUAAGGUUAGUUAAGCGGAUCUCGUAUGGCAGUGCACUUUGACCUCUUACUAAUUUUGUGGCUCGCCUCUGCACCCUUUCGAGCAGAUCGUAAUCCUGGCGCGUCCACGGUCUCCAGGCCUGAAUUGCAUAUUCGAGAUGGGGCCUUAUAAACGUGCCGAAGACUUUGGUGAAGCAGUCUUCAUCGAAAACUACGAAUGCCCGCUUGAUGGCAUAUAGCAUUGACGUUGCGGCCUUGGUCGCCUUACAGCAUUGUGUAGAAGGCUUUUGGCUGUCCGCAACCCAAACUCCGAGAUCUUUCUGAGUUUCUGCUUCUCGGAGUGGCAUUCCAUUCAGAUGGUAUUGCCGCGUACUAGGGCUCUGAUUUCCGAGGCGCAGAAUGGUGCAUUUGUUCAAAUUGAAGGACAAGAGCCAUCUGCGGGACCACUCGUCCAACCGACAAAGAUUUUCUUGGAAGUUGGUCUCAUCGGCAGCAUUCUGGAUGACUUUCCAGAUUUUUAUGUCAUCCGCAAACAUGGCACAAUCACAGUCCAACCCAUCUACGCAAUCAUUGAUGAACAAGAGAAAGAGAGUUGGUCCGAGCACCGAGCCUUGUGGGACCCCACUCUCUAUGAAUGUGCACCUUGAUUGCUGUUGUUCUACGCAGACAAUUUAAGAGCGGCCGACAAGGAAGUUUUCGAUCCAUUUGAGAAGUUUGCCACCGAUGCCCAUAAUUCUCAACUUGUGUAGGAGACGCUGGUGCGGAACACUGUCAAACGCCUUCCGAAAAUCAAUAUAGGCAACAUGCACGAUGUGUUUUGCGUCCAGUGCUCGUGUCCAACUUUGCAAUGUGUAUAGCAAGUUCGUAACACAUGAUCUUUCCCUACGGAAACCAUAUUGUGUAUUGGACAAGAGGUUGUGGGUUUCCAAGUAAGCCAUCAACUCCUUUUCGAUGGUUUUCUCCAUCACUUUGCAGCAGAUUGAUGUCAGACUGACGGGUCUGUAGUUUGUCGCCAGGGCACGACUACCGCUUUUGUAAAGGGGUGUAAUGUGGGCCGUCUUCCAGUCCGUGGGAAGAAUUCCAGCAUCAAACGAUUUUUGGCACAGAAAGGAUAGUGGCUUGGCCAGCUGUUGGGCAAGCUCAAAGAGCAGCUUUGCUGGGAUCUCGUCCGGACCGGGAGAUUUACAUUCCCUCAAGCUUUUCAGUUCUUCCAAAAUCGCUUCUUCUCGAAACACAAUAUUUUCGAUAGUGGGAUCUCUCAUGUUCUCAGAAUUAGAAGGGGUAAAGUCCGCUUCUCUUGUGAAAACGGAUCGGAAAAAUUGAGAAAAGUGCUCAGCCUUAUUUGUGCUGUUCGAUAUCUCCAAGCCGUCAUCACCCCUCAUAACAGGAAUGGGAUUCCUGUUACGUGUGCUUUUCCGCAAAUAGCUGUAGAGCAAUUUCGGAUUUUUAACGGCUCGGUGGAGCAAAUUACUCUCAAAAUCCCGUCGCCUCCUGAAAAUCAGGCUUUUCACCUUAUUUCUUUGAAUUUUGUAUUCUGCAAACGCUGCAUUGUUGUUCUCGCGAAAUUUUUUCCAUAACCUACCUUUCUUGUUGAUCUCCCUUUUGAGUUCUCGUGUAAGCCACUGAGGGCGGUUGGAUGUCCUAGGCUUUGAUAAGGGACAGUGGUUUUUCAUUAGAUGCAGUAAACGAUCCUUGAAUGAAUUCCAGUCCUCGUUAACGUUUCCGGAGAAGAGAACAUCCCAGUCUAUUUGUGAUGCCUCAGCUCUCAUUUGGCGAAAGUCCCCUUUCCAUAUAUUUGGCCUCGUAUUUUCUUUUGUACACGGUUCAGAAUACAGCAAGUACUCGCAUAAAAGCACUGCAUGAUCACUUCGACCGAGCGGGGGUAGGUAGUACACCUCGUCUAUACUGUCAGGCUCUUUGGUAAAAACGAGGUCCAGACAACUGGCCUGUUGACCUCCACGAGCUCUAGUUGGAAACAGGACAUGUUGCGUGAGUAGAGCUUCUAGAGUUGUCUUUAGUAGAUGGUAAUCGAAGGUAUUCAUCGAGCAUUUCGCAUGCAUAUCGCUCCAUUGAAUGCAUGGUGCAUUAAAAUCCCCCAUGAUAACAACGCCUGGUCGGCUGGCGAUCUCCUUUAAUGCUUUUUAGUAGACAAGUAUCUGGGUCGGGAUCCGCCUGCGGGGGCCGGUAGAUAGUUAAGACUUCGAGGGACUGAGAUCCCCGCGCCUUUAUACUCAGCCAAAUUGCCUCUGUGUCGUUAGAAAUCUUGUCGGUCCUCUCGCACACUGCUAAGUUGCUCUUGACAUACAUGGCAACUCCUCCACCCCCGCGGCCUCUCCUGUCUCUCCUAAACAAAUGGUAUCCUGUUAAUGCUACCUCGCAAUCGCCAACGUCCUCUGACAGCCACGUUUCUGUUAUUGCUAUAACAUCGGGAAGAGUAUCGGCUACCUGUAUUCUCAGUUCGUCAAGCUUGGAAAACAGACUCUGAGCAUUGGUGUAAAAGAAUUUUAGUUUGCAACAUUCGACAUUGCUUCGUUCGGUUUGUCUCGGGUUUGCUAAUAUUAUGUUGCUGCCGCCAUCAUGAUGACUGGCUGGUUCCAAAACAACAUCGUGUUCCUCAGUAUUACUCGUCCCCUGAAAAUGGCCAAGUUGCUCUCUCCCGCUGCAAGUCUCCUCUUCAACUCCGUUACCAAUUCGCGGCGUUUCAGACGUUCCGCUGGAGAAUAGUCCGCUGAAAAAAAACUUCCUUGUGAAAGUUUCGGAGGCUGCUUUUCCUGGACAGAAGUAAGCUAGCUUCCUCUUUACUGUUCAAAACAAUUUUCAGAGGUCGUGGCCGCACAGUUUCUGAUUGUUCGCUCACCUUCUUUCCGAUCCUGAAGGCUGCGCGAAUGGUUAUCUUUUCAUUCGAAUUAAGCAUUUCGUUCAGUAGGUGUUGAAGCAUAUGAAGGUCAGCGGAGAUCCUCUCCUUCGGGGUAGGAGCAUUCGACUCGGAUAGACCCUGGACGACUACGCAGUGCUGACGAUCAAGGGGUUUAUUUUAUCUGUUUCCGGUGGCCUUGUCAGCUGAAGGUCUCAGAAGAUCCACCGGAGUCGUCUGGGGUUCUAUACUCCCGCUGUGGCGCUUACCCUUUCCAUCUUGCCAUGAGCUUGUUUCCUCACUUCCAACUGAGGGUCCUGUUGAACACGCGGAAUGGCUGAGAGAAGUUGAUGGCUCGCUUGGGUUGUCUCCCAUAGAAACAAGAGACUCCGUUGCUAUUUUCCCAUCGUCCUGGGUAUCGGCGCUCUUGCACAGGGGUUUUCCACAUGCUUUGUUCUUUGGCUGUUUUAGAGUUUUGCUCUUUCCCUUUUUCUUGCUAACUUUAGCGCUAUUCACCGCGUUUUGCACACUAUAGUUCGCUUGCACGAGUUCCCUUAAAGCAGUCAACUCUUUUUUGAGUUUUUGGACUUUCAGCAGAAUAAAUGAGCAUCCAGUGCAUGGCUCGUCCUCGUAACUAACAGGUUUUGCUGUGAUAACGCUUUUAGCACGCUUUGCGGGCCCCUGGUUGCAACUAUAAAGAGAGCGAGCGCUAAUCCUAGGUGGCAAGGCCUUCUCAAUUGACUUUCCUUCAUACAUAGUGUCGUUUGUACUACGAAUAAUGUUUACCUCCUUAUUUAUUUCAGCCGGCCGGGCGUGCGCCGAUAGUCUAGCGGUCAUGUCGCUGGUCACCGUACGACUGGACAUGGGUUCGAAUCCCACUUGCGGGCGAGUUUUUCGCACUGUCCUGAUGGUGUUUUGUCGACUCCCAUUAUUAAUUCAAACGAUACGCAAGGGAUUCUAGGUAUGGGCGAAGUAUUUAAAGGUGUAGGAGAAGCUUUUUAACCAAGCCAAAACUAUGAAGUAAAUAUCAAACGACUCAGCCGCUUCUGGAUCUGGAGAACCCCGCGGUGCUGUUGGCAGAGAAUUGAUACGAAGGAGUAUGGUCGUCCCAAAGAAAGUUCUGUCGGAGUUCUGGGUGGAUCGUUCGAGGAAUUGCUGAUUACGCUUCAAUUUCUUAAUCCAAAUGGGCCCGCAGAGCGUCCAGUAGGCAGAAAUCCCGGAAAAAGCAAAUCCCUCGGAGGUCGAAAUUUCAAACCGAAUUCGAAAUGGUCAAGAGAAAGAACAAAUAACAAAAUAGGGGGGGGGGCUAUAUGUAACGAACUGCAAAGCUUCGUUAAGGCCAACAUUCACGUCACACAUCAAAUGGUAGGACAGCAACACUUUCGAGAGACAAAAUAACGAAAUAAAAAAGGAAUAAUAAUUGGGUGUCGGGCAAUACAAAAAUUGGAAUGGAAGGACGCCCUGCCAGCACCAGCCCCCUCUGGCCCCCUCAUGGCCCCGCCUCAUGAGGGGGCUAUGGCGGGGCCAGAGGGGGCUAUGGCGGGGCAAAUCCCCGAUGUGGCCCCCUCUGGCCCCCUCAUCGACAAAAAAAAUGCGCAGGGGGACGCCUUAAAGUUAUCGUUUUUUGCCCCCACCCACGGCCAUAUUAGACUGUCUGACCGUAAUACCGAUCCAUUAACGUCUAAUUACUCGCGUUAUAAUCCUGAUCACCCUUUUCCUAGACAGAUUUUCCCCGGUAUCUGUCCUAUUUUAUCCCUUGUUACCUUCUAGCGAACCCCAUUUCGCCAAAUAUGUCAUGUUUCAUUCCGGCUCGCCUUCCCAAAGCCAAUAUCUCCCGCGACCGUUAGCGGACCUUCACGCGUGAUUGCAAAUCCCCCAACGAACCAUAUCCAUCAGCACACUUGAACGCAAUUUACUGGUUAAAGAAAAUUUAUUGAUUGAUUAAGAUGAAAAUUUGAUAUGUACAAACUGUCAUGUUUCCUCAAGGGACAUAUUUGGUAAUCCGUCCAUGUCGGUGGCGGGUAUCUACAAUAAAAUAAAGCACAGCGUCCUAUUAAUUAAAUUGUCAAAAAACAUACUAUUGAAAUAAGGCAUUUUAGUAGUAUAUUUUAUGAUCUAAGUAGUUUGAAGUUGAUAGGCUCGAAUAAAUGCAGGUUUAAUAAACAUAAAGAAACGCUCACUUACAGUGUCCUCGGAAGUAGAUUGUAUCAUAUAUUCUUCGGCUGAGCUGUAGCUGACGGGAAGCUGAAAGUGGCUUAUAAAGACUCAAGUCAAUUAAUUUACCGUGGUAUUUGCAGUGGUAUUGUCUCUCCGCUUUGAUCGGCCACCGUAUCUGUCACGCGCGCCGUGGAACCAAUCUAUUGUACUCUUGCGAAUUGUGUCAACGGUGCAAUUUGAGAAGGCGGCGUGUUCACGAAUUGCAGCUGAACAAGUAGUCUUAAAAAUAAAUAUCCUACCAAUAACAAGGCCAUAAAGGGGGCUGCCGACGAAGAUAGAUAGAUAGAUAAUUUUUAUUAAAGACCCGUCGGGGUCCCAUCAAAGCAAGUUAAAAUAAAUUUGCAUGCGAGUUUUAGACGAGGUGGGCUGAAUCUUUACAAAAUGCAAUUCCUAGUUUCUGAAUUAGAAGUCCAUUGAGAAACAUGAUGAUUGAGGGGUGAAAAAAAAAACUCCUUGGCCUGCUUAUCUCUUGCUCCGCCCCAGCAGAAACUGAGGCAUAGGGGGUGGCCGAGUAGCGUGGUCAGUAGAUUUCUGACAAACUCUUUCUCGUUUCGCCCGUCUGUAAUCGCCAGACGUUUAAUCUACAAUCCAUUCAAAUAAAGAAGCGUCAGUAUAUGUACAUACCGCGUCUUGAGCGAAACUAGCAUUCUUCUCAAGCUCACUGACGAAAGCCUUGUAAGCCUCCUUCGUACACAGAGGCAACUUCAGUGAAGGAGGCCUCGCUUCAGCUGGCAGACGUAAUUCCUGAAUGGCCUUUAAAAUUUCGGCCAUUGUAGCCUUAACCUGCGUUAUGUCAGCCCGUAGUUCGACGAGUUCCUCAGCAACGUAAUCAACUUUCUUUCUACUCGCAUGUCAUCAAGAGUCAGAACAGUCUUACCGGACGCAUUCACCAUCGUGCUGCACCUGUGAUAACCGUUUGUCAAACGCGGUCGUGCUGGGUUCCCGGGGCGGCCUUAAGUAAACUUUAAGUAAACUUUAAACGGCGUACUGAUUAGCCCUUGGUGGCGUAGGUUGGCUGGAGUCUCUCCACCAAGGUGUAUUUUCCGAGCUAUUGCGUGGUCUAAAAGUUGGCGUAAUAUACACGGAUGCUUACUGGAGAAUGCGUGGCGGCGUGGGCCAGGCAGUUAAUUGAUUAUCUUGUCUCGGACUUUGCGCAGCUAUUACUUCUUCUUCAUCAUCAUCAUCCUCGUCGUCGUCUGAGGUGAGCUGGCGGACAAACCUACAAAGAUAAAUUAAUGAAAAGCAAACACUUACUUUUUCCUCAUCCCUCGGCCUAAUUCGGUAGGCUCUGAGUGGGAAAGAUCGUCAGUGUCUACAGCCUUUUUUCCAGCUGAAGCGCUCUGUCGAGUGAGAGGUCAUUCUUCAGCAUACGGACCGGGUAAAUCUUUGUGCCUUCUGGAGGCCUUUCGUUAUUCACAAGUAGACGGUCACGUAGCUUGUGGUUCUUAACCCACAUCACACAGUCUUCGCUGUGGAACCAACACUUCGGCACGGCCGCCACAGAUUUAUCAUUCACAAACUCAACAACCGCAUACAUCUUUAAGUAGUGUCCACAAAAUGUAAAACCGAAAAAUGUCUAUGAGAUGCAAAACGGAAAAAGUGGGGGAUCAAAAAUCAAAAAGUUUUGUUUAUUAUUGUUUUAUCUAUAUGCGGUUAAUCAUAUCGUAAUAUUGCAAAUAUCCAAAAAGGCAAUUAAUAAAAGAGCUGAUAACAUGUACUCAAUGAUGCCGUAGUGCAGCGCCUCAAGAAUCUCAGUGUGUAGUUCAGUUGGAUUGAAGACAUCUCCGCAGCUACACAGGAUGGGAAUGGUGUGACCGCACGUCGCCGAAGGUGGUCGGUGUACCCUCCGCCUACCGCCAACAUCUCCUCCACUCUCGCUCGUCUUUCACAUCCUCUCUAACGUCGACACAUUCCCACAAUCAUCCCCCUACUGUCGUUCUUUGCAUUGCAUUCACAGCCGGUAGUCUACUGGGCAUGUCAUGACCAUCUCUUGCACCAGACGGAGCGGAUGUAUAGGUGACGUUAUUCCCUCAAUUGAUGUAUCCACUCUACCCAUCUUCCUCAAUACAGAUUUCAUAAGCCUUUAACUCCCACUAUAUACCGCGGAACGUGUAUGACGAUUCAGUCAACAGAAUCAAUGGUCAGCGAAAUACUCCUUAGUUCUUUGUCGGACCAAGUAUGUGUGGUACUUACCAUCGUCGACCACAACGAAAGAAAAGAAAGACAAACUUAGACAAAACGUGACUGUAUACCUGAAAAGAAACAUAAAGUAAAUGGAAAGUAUUUCGUGGCUAACCGUUUUUAAUAGACUGAAAGCCAGGCGGAAAAGGCGAAAAUAACGCUUGAAACCUGCUGUUGUACUGUGAUAAAGCAGGAGCGGACUAAUCUCUUUCUAUCCUUUUACAAAAGUGUUUUGUUGCGGUUAAAGAAAAGAUAGGACGGACUGAGUGUUUUCUGUACUUUCAUAAUCAGCUGUCGGAGACCGCAUCCCAUCCCAUUAGCAUAUGCUACAGGAGCUCCUGUAUCCAUACCUAGGCAUGGAUACGGUCUCUGACUGCAGUCUCCAGCCCUACUUUCGCUUUAGCUCAGCCAUAGAUUGACCUAGAUUAUAGCGUUAGAGAAACCCCCCAUGACCAAGUCUAACCAAGGAUUUCGCCAUGUCUCUAUAACCCUGUUAUCGUGUCGAUUAUAAUUACGUUUUAAUAAACUGUUCCCCAUAUCAUCCCUGCUGACAAUUGACUGUUGGAAUACUGUGUCAUUGUGUCUACCGAGUCACGUGGUCAGUCCGUCGGAGAACCUUUCCCAGUUGGGCGUCGAGUGAGGGGUCCUGAAGGAAUCGAUGAUUUAAAGCCUGUCGAGGACAAGAAGAACCUGGAUAUGGCAUUAGUGGCAGCUGUGGGAUUAUGCGGAAAACAGUUAAUUGAGAUGUCAUGAUAAUAGACACGGUAAUGGGACUAUAAAGAUAUGGUAAAAUCCUUGAUUAAGAUUAGUCAAGAGAGGUUUCCGCAUAUAAUCCGGCGUACAACGCCUUAUCUGGCUGGCUGACCGUCAGACAGUACAAAAUUGCCAUGCUUUGGUCUUCGGCGGGAAACACACCAAAGUGGAACUAAGAGCGACGUAGUCAGGCCGAAAAAUCUUCCCUUUCGUUACAGGCGGUUGAUUUCAAGGAAAAAUUAGAGUACGACGGAUGGUUGACACAGUGGUGCGGAGUAGAGCCCGAGGGUACCACCGUGUCAUCCAUCCCUCUUACUCCAAUCUUCAUGGCGGAUGAUACCACCGAUACCGAGGACCUUGUUCAGAAGUUCAACAGUGUGCACCCCUCGCUAAAGUUUACUACAGAAUCCGAGGUAGAUAACGAAAUAGCGUUUCUCAAUGUCAUUUUGCACAGGCUAGAGGAUGGGUCUAUGCAGCACAGGGUGUUCCGAAAGAGAACCUAAACGGGACAGUACAUUAAUUUUCACGGUUUUGUGACCCUAAACAUUAAACGAAAUUUGGUCCAGGGAUUGGCGGCUAGAGUGAAGCACAUCUGCUCACCUCGAGUUAUCGAAGCAGAACUCCAACAGCUGUGGAACACACUUCGCGAGAACGGAUACCUCCGAAUACCUCUGGGUAUCCUCCGAAAUAUUGGGGAACUCACUGCAAAGCCUGCUGUUGCAACUGAAGAAGAAAAAGAUGUAUUCAUAAGACUGCCUCUUGCAGGGGACGCAGCGAGCGAACUAGGCAGACGACGCUUAACUACCGCCAUCACGAGAGCAUUCUCCGCGGCGAAUUUACGCGCAUGCUUCACAAACUUUCCCUUCCUACGUUUGGAAGGUAAAGACAGACUACCGUUGGAGGCCACAUCAAUGUGCAUUUACUCAUUCACUUGCUCCUGUGAAGCGGGAUAUAUUGGCCAUACAACGAGACGCCUGGUAAAGGGGGUGCGUGAACAUAUGCCCGCCUGGUUAGACAUAGGUGAGACCCGGUCGAUUUCGAGUUCCAUUCUCGCACAUUUGGUCGAUACGGAUCACCGAGUCGAUGCCAAAGAAGCAUUUCAGAUUGUCUACCAGACAGCAACAAGCUUCUCUAAAGACAUACGCCCACGGAUGCUAGCAACGGCUGAGGCAGUGGCUAUACGGCUAGCGAAUCCAGUGCUGUGCUGUCAGAAAACGCUGACACAAGCGCUCUCUCUACCGUGGCCAACGCCAAUCUCAGAUGAUGACGACAUGCCGCCUCAAAUCCCUAAUUAUAGUUAUGUGUACUCCGUGUACUCAGCCCAAGAGCAUCACCCAAAGUCUCUCUUACCCCUUCCCCUAGCCCCGAAGACCAGAACCCGCCGACCUUGUCAUGCGUGUUACUGACUUCAUAGCCCUUGAGACAACUAAGCACUGUUAAUUUUGUACAUUUUCAAUCCUCCAUGUAACCGUAUUGCCCUGAUGAAGAAUUACGCGUGUUUGACAACUUGAAUUUUCUGUGAAAACAGUUGAAUUCGACACAGUAUAGGUUGUCAGUUAACUCCUUCGAAAGGAGUUUUCUUGUAAAUGAAAUUUGCCUCUUCCACUUUAGCGUCUAAUCCUGUGAGUGUUAAUGAACCCUGCCACUAACGAUUUAAAUUACUUUUGACAAUUUACUGGAGGUCACCAUGAAAGGUUUUGUUCGUCCGCUAUGUCUUCUAAAGUCUUAACUAUCGCAUUUUUGGCCUAUUUGACCAAGCGCCUACUUGACAUGUUUAUAUACCUCGCUUAAUAUGGCCUGCGACGUACUGGUGAUCGGUAAUGACCAUGAAACAGCUCUCUGCAUCUGGCCUGUUGCACUCCUAGUGAGCUGAUUAUGUGUUACAUGUGCUAUGUGUCCUAUGACACAACGUUCGUUGUCGUCAGUAGCAAGCUGGCGGGCGGACAGAAUGGAACCAAGUGAGAUCCUAACCACAACAGUGAGGGUCAAACGCCUACUUAGCAUGUUUAUAUACCUCACCUGAUAUGGCCUCUGACGUAGUGAUGAUCGGUAACGACCGUGAAACGUUCGACCCAACGUUCGUUCAGCCUCACCCCGUACACUUUUUAUCAGCUGUCACCGCACCGCAUUCGAAACAUCGAGGCUUUUAAGAGCAUAGAGCCAAGUGACUAAGUUUGAACACUUCCUUCGGAAUUUGAGUUAAGAGCAAUAUCUAAUCAGAUUUAACUUCCUACUCAACACCACACUGGGAGCCAAGCUGCGAACCUUGUUAAGACGUGUAGCCUAGUCAGUGGACCAAAUGACGGGUUUAGCAAAUUCUCCCAGCCAAUGAUACGUGGACUUGCCAAGAGUACCCCAGGUGGCUGUCUGAGCCGCAUAUCCUUACCAGUGUUUGGCAGCUGAGCCUUUCAUAGCGAUCUGUCCAAUCUCAGUACAAGUGGUUUUUCCUUGCGGACUUUCUAAUCAAGGCGGAGUCAUGGGGUACGUAGAACAUACUGUCGACCUCAUCAUUGCUCCGUAUCUGUGCCUCGAAGAAGUUGCCGUUCGCCUGCCUGUUUAACUUCCCUCGGACAGUCAGUUUGACCCCACGGCUAUGCUCUCUAACUUCUGCCGGGUACAUAUCCUUAUCCCGUUUAGGGCGCUUUGACGUUUUCCAUUCCUGGUCGCAAAGAACGCCAUCACGUCCCUGAAUCCCCGAAUAAUUUCUCUUCUAGUAGCCCCUCCUCCGUUUGUGCCGUGUACAUUUUGGCGUUGGGAUAGAGUUUGUACCAACGCAGAUACUCCGCGGAAUCAUCUCCUAUGUAGUCAAAAAAUUGGCCAAAAACGACAGUCGCCUUCCUCCACGGUCUUCCCGGGCUACGCCACGUAGUAACUGACGUCACGCUGGACCGUCACUUUGUUUGCCAGUCAUAAUCUGUGCAGUUUCUCUUUGAUUAUCGUCACUUUUAGAGCUUACUAACUGCUUGGACAAUAGCUUUGGUAUCAGUAAGAAUGGCUGUGGGGUACUGAUACACGUAACCCUGUUUGACGGACAUCCAAAACAUGCACAUCCACUUCCCUCGCAUACCACGCCAUCAGCAGUUUAUUCAGUCACCAGUGGGGUACACAUAUACAAAGGCGUAUCGCGUAGGGAAAUUUCGAAACUUUUUUAGACUUUCCUCCCUCAUUGACUCCGCUCCUAACCCGGUUUGACAAAGGCUCGCGCAUAAUUGUUCAUGAACAUUAUUUCUAGCGAUGUCCACCUUGCGAGUUUUCUCGAUCCUGACUCAUGUCAUACCCACCUCCAAUUUAUAAUAAUCGUUCCCAAGAGAUUUUGCCACGAUAUAGAAUCGCUUUCAUCAAAAAUUAGUAGCCAUGCCCACGUACAUCUGCCCGCUGUCCACUAGCUCCGACCACAUAGAUAACGUACGUCUUCUAUCCUGCCCCGAAUGAUUCUAAGCGAUGCCAACAGUCAACUGUCGGUAAGCCGACUGCAUUUAUAUACGGCGAAGGCCACCCAGACUAGGGAACAGGACAUCAAAGGGCACUCGGUUCUGCACGUUUAGGCAAUUCUAGCCUAGUCACCAGACUUUGCUAUUUCCCUUCGCACUCCUUUUGUCAGAUGGCGGAGGAGACGCUAAACUCUGUGCUUGAACGACUGGUCGUAGUGCGGCGCGAGGGAACUCAAAGGGCUGUUGAACUAUACCGGAAACAUUUGGAAGCCACUGAGUCGGAGCUAGCAAGUGUUACCUUCUCCGUUUAUGUUUUGCCCCUUAGUUUCCUUCUACGGGGAUUCCCUGCGAGGCAUCUCUCUCAAAUUUACAUCUGCCAAAACUAUCCAUUGAGGCGUGCCCUUUUGUGCCGGCUGAGACCUUCCAGCAAGUAAGUGACCAUGCUUCAGUUAUUUCCUUCUAGAACGAGUCCUUCUUCAGAGAAACAGUGGAGGCAGGCCGCAGAAUUGGAGAAUGA